CGAUCCCGGUCGUCGGGAACUUUACGAACGCUCCGUGCAGGUACUAGUUGUAUAGUCUCUCGAUGAAACUCGCUGCAAGUCUGCGGCGUGCACCAUGUGCUCAAAAGGGGGGGCCAAGGCAGAGACGGCCGCAGUUCCCUGGUACGAGUAUUACACGACUAAUUUUUUUUUUUUCUUAUUCUUUCUCUUCUCGAUUGCGCUCUUAGACGCACUCCUCCUGUCUCCCAGGACAGCGGGACCACGUGCCGCGUACAUGGAUGAUAUACGAGCAUCGCACACACAAACUUUGGCCAUUUCAUCAAUGCGAAAAGCACGAGCGUUUCGCACUCUGUGCCGCUGCAUACGCGGCUGCCCUUUCCCUGCUCAGGGACCAAUUUUACAGGAUAUACCGCUCCAUGCCUUUGUACUCGUACUGGCUGCGUCUUUGUACAACCUUUAGUCCGAACAGGAACACACAGCGCCGAUGACAGGUACAGAGUACCCAAGCUAGAAGUGGUGUAACUGGGUUCCGCGGU